AUGUUACGUUUAUCACCAACCACGCUCUCCUUGACCGUAACGGAAGUCAAGGAUUUUGAGCGUCAUCUUCGCUUUAAGAAGUAUCUUGCAAAAGAGGACACCUUUGGUCAAUUGGUUAUUCGUCCCAAGAAAGAUGACAAUGCCGCCCAAAAGAGCACCGAGUCAGAACGUGGUCAUGUAGACCAAACAAACUCGGAAACAGCCCCCAAUGAUUCCUCCGUUACUGAUGUUAAAGAGAGCUCAAGGCUUCUAUCGUAUCCCCCUCGGCGACCACCCAAAUCAGGCGAUGUCUCUGCUAAGAGCGGCUCUCUGAGCUUAGCCCACUCUUCUCCGAGCAGGACUCCGAGCUCGUUGAAUACCCCGCAACCUACUGGUUGGGGAAAUUUACCAAUGACCCUACCGCCGCCAUUCUCGAAGGAGAAGAGAACGGUAUCAGAUGCUCAGUCCCUACCCUCGACCCAUCAGAACAUCCACGGACAAUCGAGUCACGGCGAUGCUAGUCAAGAUCCACCAAUGACCCCCCCUAGACGGUCAUCUCUCCGGUUGGCACAUACUGAGAUCCACUCAAGCUCGCCGCCCGUAAGAGGAAGAAUGCGAUUUGUCAGCUCAGCAGUUAGAUUCAUGGAAUCCAUGAUUCCUUCUCCUAGACGUGGCUCUACCUCACCCUCGCCAUUGCCAUCCCCACACGUUCAUGGACCCGACUCUGAGUCGCCGCCGCGAGAGACCGAACUUGGAUUCAGAAUCUACAACGACGCUCUUCCAGCAUCAUCGCAACCGCAAACACCACACAAUCUCCCAGAAGCGCGUCAUCGAAGUCGUCUUUAUGGGUCAUAUACCGCACCUCAUCAUUGUCUCGCUUCGGUAUCUUCGCAUCGGUCUAGCGUAGAUAGAGCAAUGGGGGAUACUACCGGCAGUCCGUCGGGUCUCGAAACCCCCGGGUUUCAAGGCCUCUACGGUGGUAGGGAGAAUGGAGAAGACUCGACAUUAUUCCAUGAGGCGUCUAGGUACCGGGACGAAGGUUUCGGAGAAGAAGAGAGAGGUUGAUGAUAAGAAUGCGAGGGUAUUUCCUCAUAAUUAAAUCACGUGUCCUGAGGUUUAGUCGCUUAUAACUAUGUUCCGGCCAAGACAGCAUUAUUACAACGAAGAAACAACAAUAACAACAACAGCAGGUUUAGGCAUUAGCAUACCAUCAAACCUUCGGUUGUUCAUGCAGAACCCGUCGCUUAAGCACAACUUCAACCCGCUUUGUCUUAUAUAUUUGACGAUCCCCAAAAGUGUUUCUGAUGCGGAAAGAAUGGCUUCAAUCUCACCACCACCCCCACUCUCUCGUCAUUUAACAUGUGGAUAGGGUAUAAGUACGCAUAAAUGCU